GUGGCUGCGCGCAACGGCCUGGACCAACAUGGCGCAGGAAGGUAUGGAAUGAGAGAGCAGCGGAGAAGAAAGGGACGGCGGGAGAGAGCGGCGGCGGGGAAUGUUUUGCCGCGUGGAGGAUGCAUAUUCGGUGCUUGAGGAACUUUUGAGCGUUGGUCGGUGCCACAGUGGAAGUUUCAAAAUAACAAAAAAGGAAAAGGGCCCGAAGCAAAAGUUUGGGCACCCUGCAUGGCAGUACUUAGUAACACCCCCUUUGGUCAGCAUCUCAUUUAAGAUGGCUACAUCAUCAGCUUCAUACGAUCAGCUUCUGAAGCAAGUUGAGGCACUUAAAAUAGAGAAUUCAAAUCUGCGACAAGAAUUAGAAGACAACUCAAACCAUUUGACACAACUCGAGACAGAGGCAUCCAACAUGAAGGAAGUCCUGAAGCAACUGCAGGGUAGCAUUGAAGAUGAGGAUCUGACUCUGGCUUCUGCUGGACAGAUUGAUCUACUAGAACGACUAAAAGAACUGAACUUGGAGUGCGUAAAUUCACCUGCAAUAAAAUUAUGGCCAAAGAUGUCACUGCAUUCAUGUGGAAGCCGAGAAGGAUCAGUGUCUGGUCGGUUGGGAGACUGUAGUCCAAUUCCAUUGGGUUCAAUUCCAAGAAGAGGAUUGAUCAAUGGAAGCAGAGAAAGCACUGGGUGCUUCGAAGAAUUAGAAAAAGAGAGGUCUUUGUUACUUGCUGAGAUUGAAAAGGAAGAGAAGGAAAAGGACUGGUAUUAUGCACUGCUUCAAAAUCUUACAAAGAAGAUUGAUAAUCUCCCCCUUACAGAAAAUUUCUCUCUGCAGACUGACAUGACCAGAAGGCAAUUAGAGUAUGAAGCACGGCAAAUUAGAUCUGCGAUGGAAAAGCAACUGGGAACAUGUCAGGAUAUGGUGAAGCGAGCUCAGGGUUCAGGAUCACGAGUUGAACAAGAUACUACUAGUGUAAUGAGCUGCAGUAACUCCUACUCAGUUCCUCGAAGACUGACAAAUCACCUGGGUACCAAGGUAACCGAAGAUUCCAGACUCCAGGUGGAAAUGGUAUACUCGCUGCUGUCAAUGCUUGGCACACACGACAAGGAUGAUAUGUCUCGAACUUUGCUAGCAAUGUCUAGUUCUCAGGACAGCUGCAUAGCUAUGCGUCAGUCUGGUUGUCUUCCACUGCUCAUACAGCUUUUGCACGGCAAUGAUAAAGACUCUGUGCUGCUCGGCAAUUCACGUGGCAGUAAGGAGGCCCGUGCACGGGCUAGUGCUGCACUACACAAUAUCAUCCAUUCGCAGCCAGAUGACAAGAGAGGAAGACGGGAGACCCGUGUUCUUCACCUGCUGGAACAGAUCCGUGCAUAUUGUGAGACAUGUUGGGAAUGGCAGGAGGCACAUGAACAAGGCAUUGAUCAGGAUAAAAAUCCAAUGCUAUCUCCAGUGGAACACCAGAUCUGUCCUGCAGUGUGUGUACUGAUGAAGCUUUCCUUUGAUGAGGAACACAGGCAUGCAAUGAAUGAACUUGGUGGUUUACAGGCAAUAGCUGAAUUAUUACAAGUGGAUUGUGAGAUGUAUGGCCUCACUGAUGACCAUUACAGUGUUACAUUGCGAAGAUAUGCUGGGAUGGUACUUACAAAUUUAACUUUCGGGGAUGUUGCAAAUAAGGCUACACUCUGUUCUAUGAAAGGUUGUAUGAGAGCAAUGGUGGCUCAACUUAAAUCAGAAAGUGAAGAUCUGCAACAGGUAAUUGCAAGCGUGUUGCGAAAUUUAUCAUGGCGAGCAGAUGUAAACAGUAAAAAGAUCUUGCGUGAAGUUGGUAGUGUGAGUGCUUUAAUGGAAUGUGCACUGGAUGUUAAAAAGGAAUCAACUCUAAAGAGUGUUCUCAGUGCCCUUUGGAAUUUAUCUGCACACUGCACUGAGAAUAAGGCUGACAUCUGUACUGUGUGUGGAGCACUUGCCUUUUUAGUCAGCACUUUAACUUACAGAAGCCAAACCAAUACUCUUGCCAUUAUUGAAAGUGGAGGUGGCAUCCUAAGGAAUGUUUCCAGUUUGAUUGCUACAAAUGAAGAACACAGGCAAAUCCUGAGAGAAAACAAUUGCUUACAGACGUUGCUGCAACACUUAAAAUCUCACAGUCUGACGAUAGUUAGCAAUGCGUGUGGAACCCUUUGGAAUCUGUCUGCUCGAAAUGCCAAGGAUCAAGAGUCUAUGUGGGACAUGGGAGCAGUUAGCAUGCUCAAAAAUCUAAUUCAUUCUAGACACAAAAUGAUUGCAAUGGGAAGUGCUGCAGCUUUGAGGAACCUGAUGGCUAACAGACCUGCCAAGUACAAGGAUGCCAACAUCAUGUCUCCAGGAUCAAGUCUACCAUCUCUGCAUGUUCGAAAACAAAAAGCUCUGGAAGCAGAGUUAGAUGCUCAACAGUUAUCAGAAACUUUUGAUAAUAUUGAUAACUUGAAUCCCAAGGCAUCUCAUCGCAACAGACAAAGACUCAAACAGGGCAGAUACAGUGAGUAUGUUUUAGACUCUAGUAGGCUUGAUGAUGGGGUUUGCAGGUCAGAGAGUUUCAACACUGGAAACAUGACUGUCUUGUCACCUUACGUGACUUCCUCAAUGCUACCGAGUUCAUCAAGAGACAGCAGGGGAACUGUUGAUGGCUCCAGACCAGAAAAGGAGAGAAACAUGGAAAGAGAUCGAAGAGGACCAGAUGCUGCUUCCUUUCCUCCUGAAAAUGCACCAGAUUCUUGCAAAAGAUUAGGGAGGCAGGUGCCUGCCUAUACAGCUCAAAUAGCCAAGGUCGUGGAAGAGGUAUCAGGAAUGCAUUUAUCAUCAGAGGACAGGAAUUCACCAUCAGCUUCUGAUUUACACUGUCCGCCAGAGGACAGGACUGGAAUGAGACGAGGAUCAUCAUCUCAUCCCCAUCCUAACGUGUUUAACUAUAGUAAAUCUGAAAACCCCAACAGAACCACCUCCAUGCCUUACAGGAAAACAGAGUACAGGAGGUCAUCAAACGACAGUCUAAAUAGUGUUAGCGGUAGUGAUGAAUAUGGUAAAAGAGGGCAAAUGAAGCCUUCGAUUGAAUCCUUCUCAGAGGAUGAUGAAAGCAAAUUCUGCAACUAUGAAAAAUAUCCAUCUGAUCUCGCCAAUAAAAUUCACAAUGCCAAUCAUUUGGAAGACAAUGAUGCAGAACUGGAUACACCAAUUAACUACAGCCUGAAAUACUCAGAUGAACAGUUAAAUUCUGGCCGACAGAGCCCGUCACAAAAUGAACAGUGGGCGCGCCAGAAGUAUAUUGUAGAAGAAGAGAUGAAAAGAAAUGAACAUAAGCAGUCUAGAAGUCAACCCUCUGGAUAUUCUAUUUUUUGUGAAAAUACCUGCAGUGGAGAGGAAGGGCAUAUUAAAUUCCAACCUCGAUUUAGUCAGUCAGAUUGUUCUUAUAGUACCAGGGCACAUAACAGUUCUGAUCAAAUUAGAGUCGACUCUGAACACAGAAUGAACCAAAAGAUCAAUCCAUCUGUUUGCCAAGUGGAUGACUAUGAAGAUGACAAACCAACCAAUUACAGUGAGCGUUACUCUGAAGAAGAACAGCCUGAGGGGGAAGAGGACAGGCCCACAAAUUAUAGUAUGAAGUUUACAGAGGAGGAACACCAUGUUGAACAGCCAAUUGAUUAUAGUUUGAAAUAUGCUUCAGAAGUGCCUCCCUCUUCACAGAGUCAACCUUUUAUUUAUUCGAAAGGUCCUUCAGUUCAAAACAGUACAAAAGACCAUGCAUCAUCAAGUUGUGGAAACGCACCAAGUUCCAAUAUCAACACUACCAGCCAACAGAGACGACUUCAUCCCAGCCCUGCACAAACAAGAACAACUGCUGCUCCUACUGUUCAAAAACCAGCCACUUGUAAGGCUCCUUCAAUUAACCAAGAAACCAUGCAAACUUACUGUGUGGAGGAUACUCCUAUUUGUUUUUCAAGGUGUAGUUCACUUUCUUCCUUGUCAUCAGAGGAUGAGAUGGAAGGUCGUAGCCAAGCCAAACGUGUAGCAGAUGAUGGCACCACUCUGCAGAUCAUUGACCUCAAGGAAAAUGAUGGACAGCUAUCUGUUGAAACAACAAUAGGUGAGGCUUCCUCUACUUCACAUCAUACCCGAAUUAAACAGAAUAGGUUGCAGGCCACUAAUGUGUCUCAACCUGAUAUCGGUCGUCAAAAAGCUGUUGAGUUCUCUUCAGGUGCAAAAUCACCAUCAAAAAGUGGAGCUCAGACUCCGAAAAGUCCACCAGAACAUUAUGUGCAGGAAACUCCUUUGGUAUUUAGUAGAUGCAGUUCUGUCAGUUCAUUGGGAAGCUUUGAAAGUCAGUCGAUUGCCAGCUCCAUUCAGAGUGAACCUUGCAGUGAAAUGGUUAGUGGAGUUAUAAGCCCAAGUGAUCUGCCAGACAGUCCGGGACAGACGAUGCCUCCUAGUAGAAGUAAGACUCCUCCACCCCAACCAGCUCAGCUGAAGAAAGAUGCACAUAAAAUCAAGGAUCAGACGAAUGUUAAGAGCAGAGAGAUUGGCCAACGGCAAGAAGCUGUGAAUGAAGCAGUCCAAAGAGUCCAGAUUCCUCAGGAUGGCGAUUGUCUGAUGCAUUUUGCCACUGAAAACACUCCAGAUGGAUUCUCAUGUGCAUCGAGUUUGAGCGCUCUUAGCCUGGAUGAACCAUUUAUUCAGAAGGAUCUUGAGCUCACAGUAAUGCCUCCUGUUUAUGAAGAUGAUCACAAGAAUGAAGAGAUUGUUAAGAAAGAAGAUGUAACUGAGAAAAAUAAAGUAGAGAAAUCUGCAGAACCUGAGAAAGAUAUACUGGACGAUGAUGAUGAUGAUAUUGAUAUCUUAGAAGAAUGCAUAAAUUCAGCCAUGCCAACUAAAUCUUCAAGUAAAGCUAAGAAAGCUAAGGAGGGUACCACCUCCAGGCGUUGGAAUUUGUGAUG